UGGUCCCAGCUCAGCGCCUCUCUGCGCUCCGCGCGCGCUACCGCCCCCCGACGUGCCGGCGCGAAGUUCGCGGCCGCGCUCCCUCCGCUCAAGGGCGCCCUCCCCCUCCGGCAGCCCGGGUCCCCAAGUGGGUCGCGGCACAGCAUCCUCAGGCCGGGCCGCGGGGGGAGGGGGCGGCCUGGAGGCAGCGGCGGGGUCAGCACGGGCCGCGCCAGCGGGGCCAUGGAGCCCAGGGAGUCUGGGAAGGCUCCAGUGACGUUUGAUGACAUCACAGUGUACUUGCUUCAGGAGGAAUGGAUGCUGCUGAGUCAGCAGCAGAAGGACUUCUAUGGUUCUGACAAGCUGGUGGCACCACUGGGUCCGACCAUUGCCAACCCCGAGCUGUUCAAUAAUUUGGGGCGAGUGUCCAAGCCAUGGCCAGGCCAUAUCCAGGGCCAGAGGAGUCUCCUGGACCAUCACCCCCGAAAAGAUCAGAUGGGCUACAUGGGAGAAAUAGAUGUGCAGGGUGCCACCAGGGAGGAUGGACUAUACCGGCCACCUCAGAAGAAAGCCUGCCUUGGCCGCUGCCGUGUGGAGAGCGGCACCAUCGAGGGAGACUGGACAGGGAGAAGCAAGAAGCCUGUGAAGCCCCGAUCUAUCCAGAAGUCGUGGUUUGCACAGUUUCCAUGGUUGAUCAUGAACGAGGAGCAGACAGCUCUAUUUUGCUGUGCCUGCAGAGAAUACCCAUCUGUCAGGGACAAACGGUCAAGAUUAAUAGAAGGUUACACAGGACCAUUCAAGGUGGAGACUCUCAAGUACCAUGCCAAGAGCAAAGCCCAUAUGUUCUGUGUCAAUGCCCUGGCCACCAGAGACCCCAUCUGGGCAGCCCGUUUCCAGAGCAUCAGAGAUAGUUCUUCAGAUGUCCUGGCCAGCUCUGAGCACCUCUUCACCACAGAUUAUCCCAUGUUCUACCCCCCGGGGCCUCUGGGAGACUUUGAUAGUAUGGCCAACCUCCUGCCAAGAACUAGAGCUGAACUAGAGGACCCUGGAGGGAGCACAGCAAACCCCGCAUUGUAUCUAGACUACAUUUCAGAUUUGAGACAAAAAGAAAUCACCAGUGGCAUCCACAGCUCCUCAGACAUUGACAUCUUAUGUGACAACGCUAUUGAAUUCUGCAGUCAGGACCCUCCUGAAGAGGGGCUGCUGGAGGUUCCUGUGGUGUCUGGGGAGCUCCCGGCAGUGUUUGAGGAUGUGGCUGUGUAUUUCACCCGGGAAGAGUGGGGCCUGCUGGACAAGUGGCAGAAGGAACUGUACAGAGACGUGAUGUGGAUGAACUAUGAGCUGUUGGCCUCCCUGGGGCCUGCUACCGCUAAGCCAGACUUGAUCUCAAAACUGGAACGGAGAGCUGCCCCCUGGAUCAAGGACCCAGAUGGGCUGAAGUGGGGGAAUGGUCGGUCCCCAGGGAGAAAGAAAAUGGUAGCAGAAAGAGAGGCAGAUGCACAGUCCUCAGCUGCAGAAUCGGCAUCACUUCCAGCUCCUCCUACGGACACUUAUGCCUACUGCCCUUCCAGCAUGUGUGAAGUAGAAGCAGAAGGACCUCGGAAAAUCCAGAGGACUUACAGACCCCGUUCCAUUCAGAGGUCAUGGUUUGGGCAGUUCCCAUGGUUAGUAAUUGACCCCACAGAGACCAAGCUCUUCUGCUCUGUCUGCAGAGAAAGACCUACCCUCCAUGACAAAUCAUCUCGGUUAGUUCGAGGCUAUACUGGACCUUUUAAGGUGGAGACUUUAAAAUACCACGAAGUCAGCAAGGCACACAAACUCUGUGUGAACACUGUGACCAUCCAAGAUGACAGCCCUCAGGCUGCCCUGGUCCCAGAGAUCUCUAGUGACCUCAUGGCCAACAUGGAGCACUUCUUCAAUGCCGCCUACUCCAUCGCAUACCACUCCAGGCCCCUGAACGACUUUGAGAAGGUCCUGCAGCUCCUCCAGAGCACAGGGACUGCGAUUUUAGGCAAGUACCGAAAUCGCACCGCAUGCACUCAGUUCAUCAAAUACAUCUCAGAGACUCUGAAGAAGGAGAUCCUGGGUGACAUCCGGAACUCUCCAUGUGUGAGUGUAUUGUUGGACAGCUGCACAGACUCCUCUGACCAGGCCUGCGUGGGGAUUUAUAUCCGCUACUUCAAGCAGAUGGAAGUGAAAGAGUCCUACAUUACCCUGGCCCCUCUCUACAGUGAGACAGUGGACGGGUACUUUGAGACCAUCAUUGCUGCCCUGGAUGAGCUGGACAUUCCUUUCCGAAAGCCUGGCUGGGUGGUGGGCCUGGGGACUGAUGGCUCCACCAUGCUGAGCUGCAAGGGAGGCCUUGUGGAAAAGUUCCAGGAGAUCAUCCCCCAGCUGUUACCCGUCCAUUGUGUGGCCCACCGGCUGCACCUGGCUGUGGUGGAUGCCUGUGGCAGCAUCGACCUGGUGAAGAAGUGUGACAGGCACAUCCGAACUGUCUUCAAGUUUUACCAGUCCUCAAACAAGAGGCUGAGUGAGCUGCAGGAUGGUGCGGCUCCCCUGGAGCAGGAGAUCGUCCGCCUGAAGGACCUGAAUGCAGUCAGGUGGGUGGCCAGCAAGAGGCGCACACUGAACGCGCUCAUUGUGAGCUGGCCUGCCCUGGCUCGGCACCUCCAGAGUGUGGCAGAAGCUGGGGGCCAGAUUGGGCACAGGGCCAAGGGCAUGCUGAAGCUGAUGAAGGGCUUCCACUUCAUUAAAUUCUGCCACUUCCUUUUGGACUUCCUGAGCAUCUACAGGCCCUUGGCUGAGGUGUGCCAGAAGGAGACCGUGUUGAUCACAGAGGUGAACUCCACGCUGGGGCGGGCCUAUGUAGCGCUGGAGACCCUCCGCCACCAGGCGGGGCCCAAGGAGGAAGAGUUCAACGCCAGCUUCCAGGACGGGCAGCUCCAUGGCAUCUUCCUGGAGAGGAUGGAGAUGGCAGAGCAGCGGUUCCAGGCUGACAGGGAGAGAACCAUCCUGACUGGGGUCGAGUACCUCCAGCAGAGGUUUGAUGUGGACCGUCCCCCCCAGCUCAAGAGCAUGGAGGUAUUUGAUACCAUGACCUGGCCCAGUGGGCUAGAACUGGCCCACUUUGGGAACGAUGACAUCCUUACCCUUGCCAGGUAUUUUGAGCUCUCCCUUCCUACAGGGUACAGCGAGGAAGCGCUGCUGCAGGAGUGGCUGGGUCUGAAAGCCACGGCCCAGAACCUCCCGUUCUCCAUGCUGUGCAAAAACGCCCUCACCCAGCACUGCCGCUUCCCCCUGCUGAGCAAGCUUGUGGCUGUGGUGGUCUGCGUGCCCAUCUCCACCUCCUGCUGUGAGCGGGGGUUCAAGGCUAUGAACCGGAUCAGGACCGACGAGAGAACCAAGCUCUCCAAUGAGGUACUCAACAUGCUCAUGAUGACAGCAGUGAACGGUGUGGCAGUCACAGAGUAUGACCCCCAGCCUGCCAUCCAGCACUGGUACCUGACCUCCUCAGGCCGGCGCUUCAGCCACGUAUACUCCUGCACCCAGGUGCCAGUCCGCUCCCACACAAGUGCGGGGCUCAAAAAGGAGGGGAUGGGAGCACUCCACCUGGAGGGCCCCAUGGCCCAGAAGCCACCCAUCCCGCCCUCCAGGGAGCCGUGGAAGUGCUGAAGGACUGCAUCAUGGAGCCUCCUGAGACUCCUGUACCCAGCCCCAGCCCAGGGGCCCACCUGGUUCUGAGCGAGCGGCAGCCUGGAGGAGGCCAUGGAACCCCCUCAUGACCCUGGCCCCUCUCCCACAACGUACAGGAACAGGCCCUCUGCAGAUUCUAGGUUGCCUGGUGGACAUGCCCCCUCAGGCCCAGAGUGGGAUGAGGUAAUCAGGAGGUGUGCACUGUUGCCCACGGUCGCCUCCAAGCACAGCAGUGCCUCAGCCCUCGAAAUAGGUCAGGGAGCUGGCACCUCAGAGCAUUUCUCUACUUCCCUUGGGAGAACCCUUUGCAUGGAGCACCAAGAUGGGUUGUCUUGCCACAGCUCCAGGACAGUAAGAUGAGUGCUUUCCCUGAAAGAGAGCUCUGUGCUCCCCAGCGCCCCCUGGAGCCCUUAGGUGUGGCCAGCAUCAGACCAAGACCUUUUCCUACAGAGUACCUGGCAUCGAGUUUGGCAUUGGGGGACUUGGGAUCAGCCCAGCUCUACUGCAGGCAGUGGUCAAUCCCUGCCUUUCUGUGCCUCAGUUUCCCUGUCCAUGCAGUACAGCAGAGAAUUCAAGUGCCUACUGGCUCCCCAUCGGCCAUAGCAUUAGACAGGGCCCUCUUCAGGUCCCCAUCCUUAGUGGACAGGUAAGUUUUGCCACCAGAGCCCUGCUGUGGGCCGAGGAGCUCUCCAUGUGUCCCUUCAGCAGGACAGUCAGUCCAUGUUUCUGCAGCCUGCCUGGGGGGCUCUGCCGGGAAGCGCCAGGGCUGCCUCUUAGGUGUGCCUCACCGUGACGUGUGGAAUCACCCUGUCUGGGCUCAGCCACUGGCAGUUUCUAACAGGCUCCUGCAGGAACUUUGUGGGUAUCCCACAGCUUAAGAACAUGACCCUCAAGGCACAGAGGGCCUCUGGCACUCCCAGGUCCUUUGUCCUCGCCGUUGUCUUCAGCCUGACGGGAAGCACUUUCCCUCCUGGGGAGUCGGCAGCUUGGCCUCUGCCGGCUCAGGGGCUGCCUGUCUGGGCAGGAUGAUUCUUCCAGGUUCUGCCUUCCUUAGCCCUGGGCGAGAAGUAGGAAUGUUUGAGGGGAGGCCUCCUGCAGGGCUGGUCCCUGCUCUGUGCCGCAAGGGCCCAUGGUUGCCCCUGACCACCACUCUGCCUGCUUCUUAUGCCAACAGGUGCUAGAAGUCUGGAAAUGCUGGCAGCCAGGUGCCCCACCACUAUGCAGCUGCCCUGGCUCCUGCAUUCCUUCCUGUCACCCCCUCACUUAGCCUUAGCACCUCGUGUUCCUCUGUCAGGAAUUCUCCCCUUCUGCCCCUACCCUGUGGAGCUGUCUCUCCAUCAACCCUGAGGGCCUGAGGGCCAGGGGCAGCACAGGCCUUUGACCCUCCUGCUCUCCCACCCACCUGAGUGUCAGUAGAGUUCAGGAAUUUUCCAGGGCAGGUGUGGGGGCUGCAGCCCCACCCCAGAGAUGAAGUGAUGGUCCAGCAAGUACCUUUCCAAUGCUUCUUCCAUCACUUCAGAGUCCCUCUGCACGAGUCACCAGUCUGAACAUUGAGGGUGGUUUUCUUCAGAGGAGUUCUGGAAGGAGGUUCUGGAGCUGAGGGGCUACCAGGUGAGCAAGUGCCCUGCCCUCUCCACAUCAGGGCACUGUGUGGAUGCCACCCAGGGCCUCCAACAGAUGGAGAGGAAUUGGUCCCUGGAGCAGGCAACUGAAGAUGCUCUUUGCCCCAGGUGUUUGCCCUGUCCAUUUUUCUCGAGAGGCCUGGCCAACUCUAGUAUCCCUUUGCCUGCUCAAGGUGAAGAGGAAAGACGAGCAGCAUUCUUGUUGAGGACCCCUGGUGGCCAUGUGGCAAGCGCCCUUCUGUCAGAACCUCAGUGCCCAAGCUGGCCUCCUUGCUGUGUCCAGGGCAGGUUGUCCAGUUUUAGAGUCUGGCCCUGGAGCUCCUGGUGGGAAAGGCACCCUGUGUCUGCCUCACAGGGAAAGGAGCUGAGGGCAUUGUGAGGAGGGAGAAGUGCUUUCCUUUUGGCCGUUGUCUCCACCUCCUUCCCUGCCUACAACCUUGAUGGCAUCUCCAGGUGCACAUCCUGGCAUUUGGCCCUCCCCUUCCUCGAUGACUGAUGCCCACAAGGGCUGACAUUCCAAGUAACCAGCAUUGUCCCUGACACCUUGAUUCCAGUAGCCAUAGAGACUGGGGGAGUGAGGGAGCUCAGCCCCUGUCCCAGCCAGAUGCCUUAGAAUGCAUCCAACUCUAGACCUUUGCUUCUGUGUGCUGCAGAGGCAGCUUCCUAGGGUGCUCGGCAUGGCUCAGGACAGGGUGGGGGCUGCCAGCUCCCUCACACAGCGUCUUCAUAGCCAAGAAACCAGAGGUGACCGGCCAGGGACAAUUUGCCUCCUCUAGUUUCAACAAUGUGCAAAUGCGGUUUAAAAAACCAUGUUCAAUUCUUAACCUUUCGUUAUCUGAAUAAAGCAGUUUAUUUCGA